UUUAAUCACUGAAUAGUUAUUAUCUUCGUUAACUCUGAAUGUUAUCUGUAGAUGCUGUAUAUGUGUCUCUGCGUUGACUGACGUAGUGAUGUAACUGGCCGGCUGUUAAGGGGUCGUGACGUAACAGCGUGACAGCGAAUAGCGCCGCUCGGUCGCUCUCGCCUGCUCUCUGUGUUGUCGGCCGGCGGCUAGGUUAGGUUGGCAAGGUGAACUCGAAAUAUUUUUGUGUUUGGUCGAACGUACACCGUACGCCAUGGCGGAAGAAAAACCUAAAACGAUGCCAAAGUACAUAAAAUUUCUGUUCGGAGGACUUGCAGGGAUGGGGGCCACAUGCUUCGUGCAGCCGCUGGACCUGGUGAAGAACCGCAUGCAGCUGAGCGGCAUGGGCGGCACGCAGCGGGAGUACAAGACGAGCUUCCACGCGUUCCGCGGCAUCCUGCAGAAGGAGGGCGUGGUGGCCAUGUACUCUGGGCUCUCUGCCGGACUGCUGCGUCAGGCCACCUACACCACCACUCGCCUCGGCAUCUACACCUGGCUGUUCGAGACCUUCUCCGGGCAGGACGGCAGGCCCCCGGGCUUCCUGAUGAAGGCGGGCCUGGGCAUGGCGGCGGGGGUGGCCGGAGCCUUCGUGGGCACGCCGGCGGAGGUGGCUCUGAUCCGCAUGACGGCGGACGGCCGCCUGCCCGCCGCGGAGCGCCGCAACUACAAGAACGUGGCGGAGGCGCUGUUCCGCAUCACGCGCGAGGAGGGGCUGCUGACGCUGUGGCGGGGGGCCGUGCCCACCAUGGGGCGCGCCAUGGUCGUCAAUGCGGCCCAGCUCGCCUCCUACUCCCAGGCCAAGGAGUUCCUGCUGGGCACAGGCUUCUUCAAGGACAACAUAUUCCUGCACUUUGUGAGCAGCAUGAUCUCCGGGCUCGUGACGACGGCCGCGUCCAUGCCGGUGGACAUUGCCAAGACGAGGAUCCAGAACAUGAAGACGGUGGACGGGAAGCCAGAGUUCUCGGGCGCGGCCGACGUGCUGAAGAAGGUGGUCCGCAACGAGGGCUUCUUCGCGCUGUGGAAGGGCUUCACGCCGUACUACGCGCGGCUGGGGCCGCACACCGUGCUCACGUUCAUCUUCCUGGAGCAGAUGAAUACGGCGUACCACCGCCUGGUGCUGGGGAACCUGUCGGGCGGCGGCGGGCUGUAGGGGGCGAUGCACACUCGACUCACGUACGUCGACGACCGAUUAGACCGCGUGUAGCACGCACCGCCUCCAGUCCCCUUCCCCCAGAGUCAAGCCCGAGUUACAAUUACAUGGUUCACUGUACAGUGUUUAUUACUGCCCGUGUCUGGUAAUGCCGGAAAACUGAACACCGACGACGGCGACCGAAAUAUUAUACUUUUUUCCUUUCUUCAUGAUUCUGAGUUUCAAAAUUUGGAACCUGCCCAUCCGAAAACCACUCCUGGCUGCAGGCCUGCAACGCGGAGGGACGGAAUCAUCUGUAGCAGCGAGUAAUCGUUUCUGGUGAGCCUUCUAGAAUAAAUUCAGUCUAAUCAUUCAGUACUUCCAGUUACUUAGUUUUGCAAAAUGAGUGAUCCGCACUAGCUACGUUGCUGCCUACAGGAAAAAUUAAUUUUUAUAUUCAAAAUUUUAAUCAAUUCCACUUCUUUUUUAUCAUCCUUUGAAUAAUAAAUUGCGGUUUCGUUCAUGCUACAGAACACGAACGUUUGAGACACAACUUUGUACUUUAAUGACUUUUUUUAAAAUGUUUAUGAAGCAUUGUAUUUGGAAAGAAAAAUUUGGAAUUUCAAUUUUAUAACUGUAUUUUCUGUUGUAUUUCAUCAAGAGCAUCAUAUGAUAUUAUUAAUUUUUUUAUUUCUAAGGAUAUGUAUUUGCAAGAUGCCGUCUUGAUUUAACAAAAUUGUUUAAAAAGUUUACAUUAUUUAUUAUUAAAAAGUUGAGCUAGUUUUAGUAUAGUAAUCUUUUAUGAAAUUACUGGUGACAAACUGCUACAAAUAGUUUUCUCAGAAUGAGUAUAACUGUAAUUAUAGUGUCAAUACCAACCACUAUUUUAUUGUCUUAGAAAAAUACAUAAAUAAUAUAAUUUAAAAAAAAUAUAUAAAAAUUAAUUAUGAGUAAUUAUGGCAUACAAAAUAAGAAUUUUACUUUUGAAAAGCUCGUUAGUAUCAAUCUGGCAACAGUGUUCGCCAUUUACUCCGUACCGUGCUCCAAGUGUGGGACAGACAUUGCAAAUCAUUGUUUGCUGUCUCUUGAGCUCAGAUGAAAUUAUUAUUUUGUGCUUGGAAUCUUCACAGAAAAAGAUUUUUCAAAUUAUUUUUUUUAGAAUCAACUGCAAGUGAUUUUGGAAACUAUAUUUUGAUCAUUUAAAAUUUACUUGUAUUUAAGCAUUUUCGAUUCCAAAAUCAUUCUAAUUUUAUGUGGCAAUACAUGUUUUAACUUUGUUGUUUCAGCAGCUUGGAUUUAUCUCUACUUACGAAAUAAAAUUCCAUAACUUUUAACACAUUCGUUUGAAUUGUCUUAUUAAAAUUCAGUUAUUACAUGCAGUGUAGCCUAAUGACUUAAAAUGUUGUAUCGAGUUGAAAAAAAAAAAUUUUUAUGUGAAUUUACCAUUGCAGUUACGAUGGAGCUGUUUUUGUGACCAUCCAAAGAACUAAAUGCUCAGGCAUCUAGUGAGCCAUUGUGUGAGCUGUAUUGAUAGAUGUGCGAGAUGUUCUGUCCUUAGAGGUUUCUGGGUCAGGGACACACUCUUGGCUGGCAAUAUGAGUAGUUAGAGGUGUUUUUUUUAUGUUUUGGAAGCUUUGAAAUGUUAAUGUACAGUUAUUUUUCCAAAUAGUUAUUUAUUUGGACCAAAAUAUUUCUCUCGGUCAUUUAAAAAUAGUACAUGAAAACAUAGAUUUGUGAAGCUAAAAUAUAAUUCUUAAGUAAUUUUUUCAUUUGCAUACACUUGAAAUGGUAAAUUCAAUAUUUCAUUACAAUAGCCUCAAUGUGAAGGUCCACAAACAUUGAACAUAGCACAUGCCUUGAGUGGUGUACACAACAACAUUAAUUUGUGUUUGUGUCAUGUUUAUAAAUUUUCUUUUUGGUACGUACAUACUAAUUAUGCUUACGGCUUGUAAACUACUGUACAUGUGCAAUGUAAAUCCAAUGUUGAAAUAGGUAAUGCUUUCUAUUUGAGGGGAAAACAGUACAUAAUAGAAACGUGCUUUGCGUGCUGCAAGUAGAGCCAGAGCGUGUAGAGCAGAACGACAAUAAGUGUGCCGUGUGGUCUAGUGGAGUGUGGGGUAGCUCACUCGUAGCUUGUGCGUAUGACUUAGUGCUACUCUCUUGCUGAACGUGUCUGUCGCAACAUCCGCAGGAUGGAUGUUGUUUGUUCCUGAUGUUGCAUGGAAGGAGGUUGUCAGAGCAAAGGAGCAAUGCUUUAUUUGUUAUUCCUGUUUACUUCUGGUUGCAUUUUGCAUACAACACGUACAUAUACGUAGUCAAAUUGUAUUCUGUUUGGGUGUGAUUUCUGUUGUGGGAGGUCACGUGUCUUAAAGCGGUACUACAGGAAUGCAGAUACAAAUUGACUUAUUUAGCGCUUGUUUGCCACCUUUACAUUUUUUAUAGGUUUUGUUUUUCCCAUGGACGUAGUGCAUUCUUAACUCUCUCUGCUGUCGUGUUGGUAGCUGACAGUUGCGAGUGUGUGGAUGGCCUGUACCACAUCCACACCAUUAAGGGGCAUUACUUGAAGUUUGGUGUGUCACCAAGGCCGCGUAGUGAAAGUUGAGUUGAAUCAACAAUUAAAAAUAUAACGGCAUGUGGGUUGUGUGCUCGAGCUAGACUGCCUUGGAUGUCGAACCUGCUGAUUGGAAACCACGCAUGCUACCCCAGCGUAGCACAUUGAGGGUCUGUGUUAACGGACGCUAGGCACACCGGGCAAUAGAGUAGGGAGUUGGAAACUGUCCAUAGUGUCCGCUUUCAAAACUAGCAAAAUUCCAGCUCUUCAAAAUCAUGGUCAUUUUAAGCAAUAGUAUUAUUUUGGCUUUCAAUUGCAUUUUCGUGCUUUAAUGUGUAUUAACAUGCAUUUAGGUGUAUAUGGUGUAUUGACAUGUUUUUCAAUGGUGUUUCAGUUUUUAUCACAAUUUACCAUAUAAUCUUGCCCCUAAUUUUUACUCAGUGUUUGAAUUUGAGGCAACCAGUUAUGGGGAUUGGAUGGUCAGCCACUGACCAUAGGCACGAUAGACAUGGCUGGCAGAGUAUUGAAAAUUCCAAAUCGUCCUCUCAGGAUUGAAUUAGUGUUUUAUCUGUACUAAAGUGAAUUGUAAUGUGAACAUAGAAAAAAAUGAAAUGAAUUUCAACCAAAUGGAGUCAUAUGCUGUCACUUGUCAGUCUAAACCUGAAACCUUUCUAGUCACGUGGGACCGGCUUGGAAACGCACGUUAACUGAUGAUGUAGCGGAACACUUAUCAGUGUUUGCUUUGGUGGUCUUGUUGGUUAAUGUAUGAUAUUAGUAAUCAAGCAAUAACUGGGUGUGUUAUUUUAUAUUUUUUUAUGUUUUUAAAGUCUAUUUUAAAAUUAGUUUGGUUGUGGUGCUUGCACAGUUGUGCAGUGCCUGCUAUACUCCACAAGUGUACAGACAAGGCAGCCAGUGUGCGUCAAAAAACUGCAGAUAUUGCAGCCAUCACUCACUUUUCUGGCGGUGAGCUACAGUGAAUAUUUUGUUAAAUAGUGAAAAUAGGUCAUCUUUUGAUUGCAAGAGGUGCUAUUAUAGUGUUUAUUUGAAUGCAUUAAAUAAAAAAUGUAACUUGAAAUUUAAAUUGUACAAGUUGUUUAAAAAAGCAGAGCUUAAUAAGCAUCCCGUAAGAACGACUUAAGAUAAUGAUCUGCUUAUAUUUUUCAUCAAGAUAUGUUCCUCUCAAAACUUUUUUUGUUGAUAUUUUGGCUUUUUUUUUUAGCUUGUAAUUGUAAUGUGAAUCUAUGUUCAUAGGAAACUGAAUUUGUGACUUAUUCAAUGUGUAUAAAAACACAUUUGUUAAACGACCUACUCAUGGAGUAGCUAUGAAAUGUUGUUAUAAAUGGUUAGAUUUUUGUAUUGUAGACAGAUUUGUUGCAAUAAAAUUACACACUGUUGUA